CCGACGUGGCCAGCCUACAUCUGACCUCCCCUCCUCGCGUGGUCUCUUCGACAGGAUGCUGCUCAUGGGUGGUUCUGUGUUCUCCCCUGCCUCAGUGCUGAGUGGAUCCAAAGCCCAGGGGCAGGCUGAGGCUCUGGCCCGGGAGCUGGGCUGUCCCCCCUCCUCUGACCCAGAACAGCUGGGCUCCUGCCUGAGAGCAGCUCCAGCACAGGACCUCAACGCUGCCCAGACCAAGUUGCUGUCAGUCAGUGGGCCCCUGCAGGCUUGGGGUCCAGUGGUGGAUGGGGUCUCUGUCCAGGGGAAACCCUCCAUGGCCCUGAUGAAUGCAGGCUUCCACAGAGCUGACCUCCUGCUGGGCUCCUCCGCAGAGGAUGGACUCAUCAGCAGGGCCAAGAGGAUCAAGAACUUUGAGGAGCUCCAGGGGCGAGCUGACAGUAAAACAGCAUUCUACGAAGCCCUGUCCAACUCUCUGGGUGGAGACGAUGCCAAUGCUUUUGUCAAGGCUGCAGCCACCUGGUUCUACUCCAUGCAGCACUCUCCCUCUCCAGCUGGCUACAACCUCUUCUCUCAGGCUCUUAACAGUGCAACCAGAGAUCUCUUCAUUGUGUGUCCCACCAUAAAGAUGGCCAACUUCUGGGCCGCUAACACCAGAUCCAAUGUGUUCAUGUACCACCUGCCUGAGGACACCGCCCAGACCAGUGCUGACCUGUCAGUACCCCUGGAUGUCCACUAUGCCUUUGGCCUCCCCCACAGCCCCCUGACCUACGACCUGUUCACCAACACAGAGAGACGCCUCUCCCUACAGAUGAUGACCUACAUGGCCAACUUCAUCAAGUCCGGAAAUCCCAACCAGGCUCACAGUGUGUCCCGCGUGGCCUUCAGCGAGGCGGCGCUGCCCCUCUGGCAUGCCUUCCAGUCUCACCCUGAGGGGGACAGCUAUAUGGAGGUGGAGCCAGGCCUCAGCAACCACAGGGGCCUCCGCAGGGCCCAGUGCUCCUUCUGGGCCGACUAUGUCCCCUCUCUGACCGCCUCCACUGGCAAACUUUCAUCUGCUGUGUUGGAAGGGGAAUCUGCUGGUUUGGGGGCUGGAACUCCAACACCAGAAACCAAGUUAUUUGUUGAUUUCUUGACAACUGUCACCCAGAGCAAACCCAAGUCAGAGAAGGAUGCUUAUAAUUAGAAAGAACAUCCACACUACGUAUCGUCUAAUCUGCAUUUAGGGUUUAUCACUUACACAUAGUGAGAAAUUACAUGUUGUUUCAACUGCCAAAGUAGUCGCUAAAUUAAGUUGUGUCAUUUAACUGCCUGUUUAGUUUCCAUACAAAUGAAAUAAAACAAUAAAACAAUUGCAUUACAUAAUA